UUAAAAACGACAUUCAACCAUGAAUCCAAAUCAUAAUUUUUAAGUACGAUUUUAUAAUGGGAAUUUAAGUUUGUAAACUCAAUUUUUAUAAUUGUAGAACCACAGUCAUCUCUCAUCGCCAAACAAGCCUCGGCUUUCUCUUCCUUCUAUUUUAUCCCUUUCCCUCUCUCCUCCUUCCUAUUGCCUCCAAGUUUCCGACAGAGCAGGAAAUCAAAUAAGGAUCAACAUUUGAAGCUUGUUUCAAAGCAACACUGAUGAGACGACAGGGACAAUAUGCAGACUCUGGUGGCAAUGCAUAUGUAUCUGCUCAGAUGCAGCAUAUGCCUGCACAAAGGAUGGAGAUCAAGUCUGGUCAAUUUCAAGGACAACUAGAAGCAUUUACUCCCGAAAGGGAUCAACCAUAUCGAACUCCAAAAUCAGAUGGCCAGUGGAGGUGGGAAAGAGAUGGAUCAAAAGUGUCAAACCAAAUGACACCCAAAAUGUUCAAUGAAGAACCUGAUGUGAAAUUUGUUCUUUUAGAGCCUGUGGCAGGCCAAGUCAUGUUGCCUUUUAGAGUGUCAGGCCAAGGGACUGAUGGAUCAAGAACUUAUUUCCAGGGCCAGAGGCCAGAUCCCAACCUAUCUUUAGAAAAACAAAAUGCUGAUCUCAGAUCUCGACCCCAUGAUGAAAAUAUGGAAGUUGGCUAUGAGCACAAUCUUUUGCCACCAACUUUGGAAGGUCUUGAGAAGAAAUUCCAUGAUGACAUAAUGAAGCUUGCUAAAGAACAGAACGAUGCUGAAGAUGCCGAAAAUAGUAGACAUAGAGAGAAAAUAAAUGCAAUCAAUGGUCAGUAUCAGGAACAGCUAACAGCACUUCGAGCACGGCAUGCCAAUCGCAGAGAUGAGUUCCUACGUAAGGAAUCUCUUGUACGCCAACAACAAUACCAGCAGGCAAUGAUGGACUAUUAUCCUCAUAGCAACAUGGCUCCAGCUGAUAGCUUGCCAACCGGUAAUAAUCCUCAUGGUUACGGUAGCGGUGCGGGUUCCGCUGUUGUUGGAGAUGGACAUCGAGGGUAUAAUUCUGAUAACUAUGACUCCUACAGAGAGAGGUCUCGAUAUCUUGGGGCUGCUAGAGAUCAGGGGUUUGAACCUAGAGGUUCAUACCCGGGGGGGCGUGCCUAUGACAACAGUUCACGUUAUAACUGAAUUUGCUUAGUUUAACUUCCCUUAGCCACGUCCUCCAGGUACAGUUCUGAUAUUUACCCCAUGGAUUCUGGCAUGCUAUAUCCUGAAGUUUACGUUAUAUUUUCUGCAGUUCUCCCACCUGUUGGUUUCUUCUUUCUGCAGUUUUUACAGUUUUUAUGUAACUGAUUCUCCAUUUGGAUGAUUGGCGAGGGUCACCUUGUCAGUCGUUCGUAAAUGGAGCAUAAAUGGGUAGUCAGAGUUGAAAUCUGAGUUUCCCGAAGUUGAGAAUGAAUGUCGAAUGCGCGACUGACAUGGGUAUGAUCAAAAUGUUUUAGUUGUAUACAUUUGAAGAUCAUAUUAUAUGCAUACCUCUGUUUGAAUACGUUGGAGACAAAUCUGAAAAAAUGCAUAUCAAACACCAAAUUGGAUGAAACUUCAAUUCCUUAUCCAAUUUGUGCGAUAUAUUGAACCGAUUUAGAUAAAGAAACUAGAUUGAAUGGUAUUAGUCUUUAUACUUUGUGAAUGAAAGUUGUGGAUUUAACUGUCCUUUAAUUUGAACAA